AUGAACUAUCGAAUAGUUAGUAAAAUAAGUAGGUUUCCAUGUUUAAGCCAUAAACGAUAUUUAGGCAACAUAGUUAGGGGACCCACAUCGUUGGAGAUUAAAAAAAAUUUCGCAUAUGCUAUGGAUAUGUUCAAAGACAAAUCAUAUACUUAUCAUGACUUUAAGCAAAAAUGUGAAUCAUUACGAAUUUUUAUUUAUUUUGGAAUUGUUGGAUAUUGUGCUUUAGACAUGUUACUCAAUCCAUUAAAGUCAUCAUAUUGGAAUCAGUUUUUACCUGUUAAUUUGGUGAAAAAAUUUUUUGGCUUUUUUUCAAAAGAAGAAAAUAAUAUUUUUAAACAUAAUGGAAAUGCAUCCUAUGAAAAAUAUAUUGAAUUAAUUAAAUAA